CCGUAAAGGCGCGCGGGAGUGGUGCAUGGCGCUGUACGCGGCGGCAGCGGCCGUGCUGGCUGGCGUUGAGAGCCGCCAGGGCUCGAUCAAGGGGCUGGUGUACGCUAGCAGUUUCCAGAACGUGAAGCAGCUGUACGCGCUGGUGUGCGAGACGCAACGCUACUCGGCCGUGCUGGACGCCGUCAUCUCCAGCGCCGGCCUCCUCCGCGCGGAGAAGAAGCUGCGACCUCACCUGGCUAAGGUGUUAGUGUAUGAGUUGUUGCUGGGAAGAGGCUUUAGAGGGGGAGGAGGCAAAUGGAAACCUCUGCUGAACCGGCACCAGGCAAGGCUGAAGGCUGAGUUAGCCCGGCUGAAGGUUCAUCGAGGUGUGAGCAGGAAUGAAGACUUGUUGGAAGUGGGAUGUGUGCCUGGCCCAGCCUCCCAGGUGCCUCGAUUUGUGCGGGUGAACACUCUCAAGACCUGCUCUGAUGAUGCAAUCGAUUAUUUCAAGAGACAAGGUUUCUCCUACCAGGGUCGGGCUUCCAGCAUCGAGGACCUAAGGGCCCUCAAAGGGAAGUGUUUUCUUCUGGAUCCCUUGUUGCCAGAAUUGCUUGUGUUUCCUGCCCAAACGGAUCUGCAUGAACAUCCGCUUUAUCAUGCUGGUCACCUCAUCUUACAAGACAAGGCUAGCUGUCUCCCAGCCAUGCUGCUGGCUCCGCCCCCGGGUUCCCAUGUCAUUGAUGCGUGUGCUGCCCCAGGCAAUAAGACCAGUCACUUGGCUGCUCUUCUGAAGAACCAAGGGAAGAUCUUUGCCUUUGACCUGGAUGCCAAGCGGUUGGCGUCUAUGGCUACUCUGCUGGCCCGGGCUGGAGUCUCUUGCUGCCAGCUAGCCGAAGAGGACUUCCUGGCAGUUUCACCCUCAGACCAGCGUUAUCGUCAGGUCCAGUACAUUUUGCUGGAUCCUUCUUGUAGUGGCUCUGGUAUGCUGACCAGACAGCUGGAGGAGCCUGGGACAGGUAUACCUAGCAAGGAACGCCUGCGUGCCCUGGCAGGGUUCCAGCAGCGAGCUCUGUGCCAUGCACUCACUUUCCCGUCCCUGCAGCGCCUGGUCUACUCCACGUGUUCCCUUUGUCAAGAGGAGAAUGAAGAUGUUGUACAGGAGGCCCUGCGGCAAAGUUCAGGAACCUUCAGGCUAGCUCCUGUCCUACCCUCCUGGCCCCACCGAGGCCUUAACACUUUUCUAGGGGCGGAACACUGCCUCCGGGCCUCCCCUGAGACCACGCUCACUGGUGGCUUCUUCAUUGCUGUACUUGAACGGGUAGAGGUGCAAAGCUCAGUCUCACAGGCCGAAGUAUCAGCACCAGAACUGAGGCCCAGCCCAGGUCCAAAGAGAAAGAAGAGGCGGCGAAAAGCAGCAGCUGCUCCUAGCCCGCUACCUUGCACACAGCAGGAAGGAAACUGAUAACCGCGUCUCCAGCUGGGAAGAUGGAGUGGAUUUCCUCAUCCUUUUCGAGCCAUGUUCUUGCUGGUGAGAGAAGUGCG